AUGGCCUACGUCCCCACCCACGCGCGCCAAGCAGCUCUCGUCCGCGGUCCGUCCUACGCGCUGCCAGACACCGAUCCCAAUAGAUCGAUGAGUGAGGGCGACAGGUCACCACGUCCAGCCAAGCGGCGGAGGGAGGACGCGAGCUCGGGCCGCGCCAGCUCGAGCCGUAAUGGCAGCACUGCUGCUGUAGCCACUGCGCCUGCGGGAGGGGGCUCGUCGAUCGUGCCGAGCAUCUUUGGCGUGACGGCACGGAACGAGUUCACCGAGCGCGUGGGGAACUUUAUCAUGGCGCAUUGUCGGGGACGAAGCGACGUCGAGAUUGAGAUCAAGCUGGGCACCCAGCAUGCCCCCGGUCCGGGGGCGGGACAUCGUGUCCGUCUUCCCAGUUUGACCGAGAUAAUCCUGCCUCCAGACUAUCCGAUGGGAUCGUUCACGUCUACCCUCACCAAGCACAACCACAAGUGGCUGAACGAGGUACUUAACCAGCAAGUCGAGGCUACGGCUAAUACGCCCCAUCCACUGCGAUACAAGCGCGAGCGCCAGAUUGACGAGUUUCACAAGACACGCGCGGGGAAGGUCCGCGUCUCCCGCGAGAUGGAGAAUGGGAAGGCGGGCCGGGUUAUUGCGGUCGUGCGUAAGAACCGCUUGGGAGAUCUGAAUGUCGUCUCGCCAAACCACCCGUUUGAUUGGCGUAUUUCGUGCAAUGUCGAAGAGCCGGUUGAGAUUGAUGUCGAGUCGCUUGGGGACGCUGAGAGCUCGCGGCAGAAGGAUCGUCUGUGCUAUGAGCACCAGUUGUGUCAGGUCGACCUGACUGCUGUUACGCCUCGGGACCGUACAGGACACCCCGGCCCGAUGUCAUUCGAGCUCGAAGUCGAGGUCCGCGACGCACCAGCCCUCAUCGCCGAAGGGGAGAAGGACGCGGCAGGCCAGCCAAACCUCUUCGAAGAUAUGCUCCAGAGCAUCCUCGACUCUGUGCGUAUCCUCGUGAAGAACGCAGCUCCGCAGUAG